AUGGUGAUUAGGGACGACAAGGGACAGAUCAUUGCCACCCACGUUGCCUCUUUCCUCUACCGCCCCACCGGCUCGAACAACAACAACAAUGAGGGGGAUAACUUCCAAAUCGAGGGGGAUAUCCAGAAAAUUGCCGGGCUGCUGGAUCGACUGGACGAGCAGCUUUGGCAAAAAGUCCCUGCCGGCGUGGACAAGUUGUUCUACAUCAUGAUCGUCUCCGUCUCGUCGAACCACCAGAGACAGGGCAUCGCCAAUAGGAUAAUGCGGAAUGCUGAGGAGCAGGCGAGGAGCAAGGGAUGCCAUGGACUGCUCGCCGAGGCGACGGCGCACAAUUCGCAGAAGAUGUUCGAGAAGCUCGGAUAUGAGGUGAUCUACGAGCUGCAGCACAAGGACUACCUGGACGAGGCCGGCAAGCAGAUCAUCAAAUGCCACGACGCCACCGACCGGGCUCAGCUCGUCUUCAAGCGGUGCGCC